CGAGCGUGGCGAAGACAACCCUCUACAGUCACCAGAAUGAGAUCAGGACAACACGCGCCAGGAUGAGCUUCCCAGACCCUUCCGGUGGUGGGCCCAGCAAUGCUGGUUCCAGCAACGCUUCCGGGUCCGGCUCUCACCACCCUCAAGGCCGACCGCAGUACAUGACAGUCGGCACAGGGUCAACAUCAGAGAGCGCCAAAAGACUACAAGCGCUCCUUGACGAGGACAGUGGGUAUGGAGGAAGCAUAAUGGGAGAACCUACGGAAAACGCCUGGCACCCUGGUCCACCCCAGGAUCGCUUCACACCUGCCCACACCCCCGUGCUUCACGGCGAGAGCAAUGCAGACUCCGAGCAUGAGCGAAGAGCGUUGGCCGCGCAUGUGCAUCAGCUCUUCUACAACCAGAACCGCACGGCGUUGGGCCGGGCAAUCAACCAGACGGUGGAGACGCUGAAGAGGUUGCAAGAGAUGAAUUCAAAGUGGCCCGCGCAUUACCCGACUGUCAAGCGGCCAGUUUCGCCAGAGAAGAGCGCUCCUGUACGGCCCGGCUUGGUGCACACGAAAACACUAGAGCACACGCAUGACUCUAUGCGACCGCCUUCGCGACCUGGACCACCGCAGCGGGCGACGACAUCCCUAGGGGAAAACACCACUGACGAGAUUGCUCGUGGUAGAGCACCAGCCGAUGAGCCUCGUCUCGUGACACCACAACUCGCGCAAGACUUUUCCGUCCUGAAAAUUGAGCUGAAGAUGGACGGGCUCCCGCAGUCCGAGAUUGUACAUUCGCUCGAAAAACAUUCGGUCGCCUCGCUCCUCGACAACCAAAUCAACACCAGCAUUCGCCAUCUCUUCUCCCUCCGUGACCGCAUCGAAGACACCUCCAGCAAGGUCUUGGUAACUGGCGACCUGAAUGCAGGAAAGUCUACAUUCUGUAACGCGCUUCUUCGCCGGAAGGUGUUACCAGAAGACCAACAACCCCUCACCAGCAUCUUCUGCGAAGUCCUCGACGCCAGAGAGAAUGGAGGCGUGGAAGAAGUACAUGCCAUCCCGCACGGAUCAGACUACAACCGGAAUGAUGAAAGCACCUACCAUGUCUAUGCCCUCAAACAACUCGAAGAUAUCGUCACGGACUCGGAUAGGUACGGCCAAUGCAAGAUCUACAUUCAAGACAACCGACCGGUCGAUCAGAGCCUCCUGAACAAUGGAGUAGUCGAUAUUGCGCUCAUCGAUGCCCCGGGUCUCAACAAUGACAGCCUCAAGACGACUGCCAUUUUCGCUCGACAAGAAGAGAUUGAUGUGGUCGUCUUCGUGGUCAGCGCCGCAAAUCACUUCACGCUGAGUGCGAAAGAGUUCAUCUUCAAUGCCGCUCGGGAGAAGGCGUACAUGUUCAUGGUGGUGAAUGGCUUUGAUGGUAUUCGAGACAAGCGAAGAUGCCAGGAAAUGAUCUUGAGACAGGUUGCACACUUGUCGCCGGCUACAUUCAAGGAAUCGAGUGAACUGGUGCACUUCGUUUCGAGUAACGCCAUUCCGGUAGGUCCUCCGGGCGGGCCGGGUACUGGCCCUGGCGGGAGUGGCGGGGCCGGUAGCUACUUCGAUGGCGCACACGAAGAUCCCGACAAAGAUGGAGAGGAUGAGAAUCAAGACCCAUCCGGCAAGCAUGGCGAACCUGGCUCUCCCCCACCCGGCAAAGGCAAGGGUAAGGCGAAGGAGGCGCAAGACGACUUCAACGAACUCGAGGCUUCUUUACGACGCUUCGUGCUGGAGAAACGCUCCAGGUCCAAGUUGGCGCCAGCUAAAACGUACCUCAUGAACGUCCUCGGAGACCUCAACACCCUCGCGGGUGUAAAUAAGGAAGUCGCUCAGAACGAACUCGAUCGUGUGACUGAGGAGCUGCGGAAACUGGAGCCUGCUUUCGAAGACUCGAAGAAAGCACGGACCGAAGCUGACGAGCAUGUGGCCGGCGAUAUUGAGCACACAUCUCAGGAGGUCUACACUUUGACCCGAGACACGCUCAAUUCCUCCAUUGCCCGUGUCGGCGAAGCGGACCUUGGAGUUCCCUAUCCGGGCCUGUUCCAGGCGUACAACUAUGCGGACGACCUGAAAUCAGCCAUGCUCGCUCAGAUCGCUGAGACUGUGCGCUGGUGCGAAGAACGGGCGAGAGAAAAGACUGUCCAGGGCGUCAACGGCAUCAAAUCGCUCGGCAUCCUGCAUCUGGGCGAUCAGUACACCGAGCUGACCUUCCGGAGCGAGAAGAUGUUCAAGUCGCGCAGAGAUGCAUUGGCGAGAUCGGUGGAGGUGGACACCGAGGUGUGGGACUUCUUUGACAUGAGCCUUGGGAACAUCCUUGGCGAGCGUCAGGAGAAGGUGGCCAGCACGAGCCUGGCCGUCACCGUUGCUGGAACUCUCGGAGCGAGGAUGAUCGGCGGUGUUGGAUGGCUGGAUGGGGUGCUCACUGCCACCAAGGUGGUUGGUACUCAAAAUCUCAGACGGCUGGUCUUGCCGGGUAUUGUGGUUGCUGUGGCUCUAGGCAUCUCCUACACUCUGACCCAAAUCCCGCACACUCUGCCUCGCCGUCUAGCCACCAAACUCUCCACUCAACUCAGCCAACUCGACUACACCCACACCAACGCCGUUCGCGUCUCCACCGAAGUCCGUCGCGCUCUGAAGUACCCUGCAGAUAAACUACGCGAAGGCCUGCAGCGGAACGUGGAGAAGCUGCAGGAGCAACGCAGAGAGACCGUGCGAGUGCAGGACGAGAGCGCGGUUGCGCGAAAGUAUUUUGGAAACCUCGUGCGCGAGGCGGCGGACAUCCGCAAUAGAGUGGAGCGCGUGGAUCUCGAAGGGCCAGCGCCUGGUGUUGCGGCGGCAUAUGACAUGUGAACGGGAGUUUUGUCUUGCUCUGCAGCGAUUGAGGAUACCACUUCAUUAUCUACUACCGUAUGAAAUAAUCCCUACUCAUGAAAGCGAUUGAAUGCAACGGUCACGUGUUUCGCCUGAUUAUGUCAUUUCUUACGAACUUCGCAUCCAACUCCACGUCAGAUUGCACCUUUCUACGGCG